AUGUUGGAAAAUGAAGUGUUAGCGCUGCAAAAUCAAUUGACCAUCGCACGCAAUGAAAUCAACAAAUUGAGACAACAAGUGCGCAAUUUGCAACAUGUACAAAGAAAGGAUAUUGAUAGUGUGGCCCGUGUCCUUCGAGAAUUCCGUUGUGAAGGUUGUCGUCGCCAAACUGCGGAGGAAAACACACGAAAUAGCAACGUUUCACCCAAGCAAAAUCAGCAGAUAGAUGACUCAAAUGCAGAGGCGUACAACGGUGUGCGAUGGCAGCAAAUCGGUGUGAUACGCACGGCAUUCCCCGAAAAACGUGGUGUACCGCGACAGUCGAGCGUAGGCGGUCGAUUGCGUGGCAUUGUGGAGUUGAACUCAGAUACUUUUACAAAUCCCGAACACGCAUUGGAAGGCCAAGGUCGCACCGCCGCGUUUGGGUGGUGA